GGCGCUAGGAAAGGGCGGGACGCGUUUGAAGUGGCCAAACUUUGUGUCUGCUCAGAGAGAAUGUCUCAGGACCGCGCGGAGCCGGCGACCACCGUGGUGCUGGAGGAGUUGGCAAGCUGGUCCGAGGACCUAUGUCGUCAGGAGCUGCCUUCUGUCCUGCCCCGGCUUCUCUCUAUGUAUCAGUGUUCUGAUAACUGGAAGGAUCACAUACGAGUUCUCAAGAUUCUUACAGAAAUGUUUCUACCUCAUAUCAACUACUUAGCAUUGGAACAGUCAUUUUUUUCACAAGUAUUACCAAAGACUGUAAAAUUAUUUGAUGAUAUGAUGUAUGAUUUAUCCGGUCAGGCAAGAGAGUUAUCGAGCCAAAAUUUAGAACUCCAGGCCACACUAAGGAAUAUUUUACAAUCAAUGGUGCAACUAUUAGGAGCCCUUAGAGGAUGUGUACAACAUGUUUGUACUCUGCAGGAAUCCAUAGUUCUAGAGAAUAUACACAGCCUCCCCUCUUCAGUCCUUCGUGUAAUCAAGAGCACGUUUGUACAUUGCAAGAAUAGUGACUCUGUGUAUGCUGGACGAUUGCACCUGGUUUCAGAUCUUCUUCAGGCCCUUUUCAAAGAGGCUUAUUCCCUUCAGAAGCACUUAAUGGAACUACUUGAUAUGGUCUGUAUGGAUGCUUCAGUGGUAGAAGAAGAUGAUACUUCAGAUAUGGUAUCAGUUAUUCAUUCAGUUUUGGAUAUCUGCUCUGUUAUUUCUGAUAUGGACCAAGCUUUUCAUGCCAACACUUGGAAGUUUAUAAUUAAGCAGAGCCUUAAGCACCAGGCUGUGAUAAAGAGUCAGUUGAAGCACAAAGAUAUAAUGGCUGCCUUAUGUGAAGACAUUCUCUUCUCCUUCCAUUCUUGUUUACAGUUAGCUGAACAGAUGACACAGUCAGGGACACAGGAUAGUGCUGACAACAAAUUAUUCCAUAAAAGAGUUAAAUUAUGUCGUUUCUUUGCCAAUUCUCUUUUGCACUACACUAAGGAAUUUCUUCCUUUUCUCUCUGAUUCCUGCUGUACACUACAUGAGCUUUAUCUUCAGAUACACAGUAAGUUUCCUCCAAGUCUGUAUGCUCCAGUGAUUCCUAAGGCACAAGAGAAGGAAAUAUUAAGUGUAUUUCUAGUGGCUCUGGAUCCACUCAUCAGUCAGCUUUUAUCAUUCACCCCUUUUGUGGAGGCAGUAUUAGGAGACAAAUUAGACCUGUCUUCUGAGCUACAGCUUCCACAGUGUCUCCUUCUGGUUAACAUAAUGGACAAACUACCUUCUCAGCCUGAAAAUGUACAGAGUCUUUGGUGUGAGAGAAGCCAAUAUUCUGAACAUAAACCCAGGAUGUCUUUGCUUGAAGCCAUUUUCUACAGUUUUGAGCAGUGUUCAGGGGAGCUCUCUUUACCUGCUAAUUUGCCAGAAGUUACGACUAAAGGACAAGCCGAAGUGGCUGUCACCUUAUAUCAGUAUGUCUGUGUCCACUUGUGCACCUUCAUUGCUUCAUUUCACCCAUCACUCUUCCCUGAACUGGAUGUCACAUUAUUGAAUGCUGUACUUAAUUCUGGAAUGAUCACCUCCUUAUUAGCUAUGGAUACAUGGUGCUUCCUGGCCCGGUAUGGGACUGCGGAACUGUGUGCCCAUCAUGUGUUCAUAAUAGCACAUCUGAUUAAGUCUUGCCCUGGAGAAUGUUACCAGCUCACUAAUUUGUCAGUUCUGCUAAGGAGACUGUUAUUCCUCAUGGAUACAGACCAUCAGAUGGAGUUUAUCCAGAAAUUUUCCCCUAAAGAAGCAGAAAAUCUGCCUUUGUGGCAGCAUAUUUCCUUCAAGGCUUUUUCUCCUGAACCUAAAAGCCAAAUAGCAAAUGAAGUCACCAUGGUGGGAAUUGCACAGUGUAAGAAAUGGCUAAGCAGCAGGCAUACUUUGGGAGAACUUGAAUCCGUGAAUGUUGCACUCUCUGCUUUGCUUACUGUAUGUAAUUCCAUAAGUGAAGCUUUGGAGAUGGGCCAACAAGCAGGAGUCCUGGAAGCUGUGAGUCCACUCUGGACAAUCCUACAUGUUAACCAGGUCUCAAGUCAGCCUUAUGUUCAGUGGACCCUCAGCCUUUUACUUCCACUCUUGGGAUUUUUCGUACAGGCUGUAGAACCUCAGCUGAUAAGUCAGGUGGUAACUCUGCAGACUUCUCUACUUAAAUUGGAUCCUCCUGACUAUGUCCGUUUGGCAAUUCUGGAUUUUGUGUCUUCUUUAGGGAGAAUUUUUUUUCCUCAAGCUAUCCAGGAAAAAGUUUUACCGAGUUUGCCUUCCAUUUUUACCUUGCUGCUAACUGAUAAGAGUUGGCUGAUAGAACAGCAUACCUUGGAGGCAUUUACAGACUUUGCAGAGGGAACAAACCAUGAAGAUAUAGUUCCACAGUGUCUUAAUUCUGAAGAAACCAAGAACAAGGUUAUAUGCUUUCUAGAGAAGACUAGAAUGGUAGAUGAAACAGCACGUGCCAGAGUGGACCGGAUUAAGCAGGAAAAGCGAGUCUUAAAUGGACACUUUGUUAAAGUAAAGGUUGAAAGAGAAGGAUGUUUGUCAACUUUACAGCCCCGUGCCAAGAGAAUACGGCAGGAGUUUCCCCUGGAAGAGGAGUACAGGUCAACAUUGCAAAUAGCAGAAGGGGCCUUAGAAGCAGUCCAGUUACUGCUGCAAAGAUCUCCUGCCCCUGGUUGGCUAACGGUGAAACUAGAGGAGCUACAAAUGAAGAUAAAUACAUUAAAAAGUUGUGCACAGCCUUCAGCUUCUUCCUGCAACAAGAACACGUGAAAUAAAGUACGUGCAGAAGAACGGAAUGGGCCACACUUCGUCAAGUUAUAUUUUGCCUCCAAAAUAUAAGAACAUUCUAUAAAACCAGAUAACCCUUAACAACUAGGACUGGAAUUCUGAAACCUUUGUCUCUUUCCAAGGUUAAUAAUACCACUAAACCUGAAAAAAUAACAAGGUAUGUAAACUUUACUUUAGAGACUGGUUUUACUUUCUGAUCAACUUAUCUCAAGCACAUUGAUUAAUGAGCUGCAGUACUAAACUUACUAAUGACAAAAGCAUAUCUGUUUAAUUAUUUAGUCCUCUGCUGGCCUAGGAUAAAUCAAGAUUAAUAAAGCAAGCCCAUUUUAUUAUCUUUGACCACUUGAUCUAUUAAAAAAACUAUCAUUCAAUGAGUGUCUUUUCAUGCAAACACUUAUGGAUACCAAAGCAGAUUGGCUUGAGCUGCUAUCGAGAAUGAAUGAACAAGAAGUUCUUAGAAAUCCUGUAAAAAAUGUUCAUAAUGAAAUUUUAUUUCAGGAUACAUAUAAAAAUUAUUGCAUUUUGGUUGACAACUGGAUCAUAACAUGCUGAUAACUCUUUCCAUAUUUUAAGGCUUCAAUGUUCCUUCUUUAAUUCCUAAAUUCAAUUUGUUUUCUCCACUAACAUAAAAAGCAAACUCCCACCCACUUAGCUCAAAGCAGUGAUUCUCUCUAAUAGCAAAGUUGGUUUAAAUCAGUUCAUGUAUGCACACCUGGUGUGAGAAUCCUGGACCAGUAAAGUGAGUGCAGCUUGUUUUACUGAAA